UCCAUAAUGAAUAUUAAUUAACAUAAAUCAAAAAGGGAGUCUAACAAUUUGUGGAAUAUAUAAAGCAAAGUGAAAUUGCAACCUCUCAACCAAACUUCCAGCUUGAAAAAGGAUCUUUAUAUUAAUACUCAAAGAAAAAUGGCAGUGAUUUCACCAACUCUUUUCAUUUUCCUAUUUCUCAUUUUUCCAUCAGGUAAAGUAGCAGCUACCAACAUGGCGAAAGCGCCCACACGAGUAGGUGAAGAGGGAGAAGUUCGUAAAAUAUUACCUGAAUCACACGGCAAGCCACAAUAUCAGUGUUUGGCUCAGUUAGGUCCCUGCAACCAGAAGUACUGCAACAAAGAUUGUUGCUGGAGGCAGUGUCUUAAUGACUACAAUGGACUUCAUCCUGUUGCUUAUUGUGAAAAAAUUCCUGGCUCUGCUAUUCGCCUUUGCGCGUGUUAUCAUGAUUGUUUUCCUCGUUAGAACAUUUUCAAACUAAUGUAGUAAUAUGAAUAAAAGAUGGUAUGUUUCUUCGCAA